GCACAGACGAGGAAUUCGUUUUCGGCCACACAUUUGGGUUUUUUAGAACAUCUUCUGCCAUUCUGAUUCUAACAAGGAAGCGACGAAACAUGGAAACAACGGAGGGCUGUUCAUUAGAAAAAGAUGUCGCUGAGAAUUUUACAAAUUCAGUGAGAAGAGCUGAUGAUUGUAAUCAGUUUGAUCCGGACAAGGCAGACUUUCUACAGCCCAGCGUUCCGACAGAGUCUGCACGUGGUAGUCUUCAAACAACUUUUACUGAUCCACCGAAAAAGACCCAAGUAAUCACUCCUGUGGAUCAGCUUGCUUCACCAGCUCCGUCAUAUUCCAUCACAAGGGAGUUCUUAAAUGAGCAGACCCAGCAGCUAAUUGAUGACAUCAACGCUAAGAGAAAACGAGACACCACUAUGUUGGCUGAUUUUAAGAAAGCCUUAGAUUUACAAGCAUCCAAUUCCUUUGCUUCCUUGGAGCAAGCCAUGUACCAAGUGUAUCAGCAGAACAGCAAAGGGAUCCAAGACAAGUUACAAGAGCUCUUCAGCACUCUGGAUCGUAUCUCAAAGCUGGAGAUGGAACUGGAGCAUUUCAAGCACUCACUAGGAUCCCUGUACUCUGAUAUCCAUGGACCUGCCAGGCCAACGUGAAUAGCUGUUGCAUUUA